CUCCGACCUCCAAGAUGACUCAAGACGACACGCCCAGUGGUGUACCCCAGAGGUUCAGUGCCGAUGGUGUUGUCCAGUACUGUCCGGGGAACACAACCCUUUGCCAUAUCCCAUUGGAUUCACCAUUGAUUCCUGUUCUCAAGAAGAUAUAUGAAGCUAUAAAAAGUCAUCCGGUGCUUUCGGUGCCAAUUCAUCUCCUACCGCAAGACUCGUGGCAUAUGACGACUUGCGAUGGUGUGAUCAAGUACGGGUAUUGGCCACCUGGGAGAAGCGAGAAGGAUUUGCAGGAGUUCACUGAGGAAGUUAGGGAGAGGAUGAAAGCUCUUGGAGAGAAGUUGGAAGGGGAGGGAUUGGCUUCGCCGUAUCAUAUUCGUGGGAGGGGAUUCGACGCUUGUGUCAAUGGUAUUGCGCUUGAAGUUGAAGGGGCUACAGAGGAAGAAGAGCGGCGUCUAAGACGACUUAGAGACACGCUUGCGGACGCUUUCGGCUUCAAACAACCUACUCAUGAUACUUAUACGUUCCAUGUAAGCAUUGCUUACCUGCUCCGUUUUCUGGAAGACGAGGAGCGACAAGAAUUGAACAAAUUGCUUUCUCGGUUUUUAGAUGAUAUCAAGGUCGAGUUCCAGCUUGGUGAUGUGGAGUUCUGCACGUUCGACAACAUGCAUAAAUUCGAUAGAUUGUUUUAUUUAGGCAUGACAGGAGAGUAGUACCUUGUAAUGAAUA